AUGCUUGAACUCAAUGAUGGCAUGAGCAGCUGUUUCCCUCUGCUGCACCCUUUCUCCCACCAGAUGCAGCUUAAUCAAGCUCUCUGGAAGGAGAACCAGUUGCUUCAAGAGGAGAAUCAGGUCCUCCGGGAAGAGAACAAGGCUUUCCGUGUGCAGAACAAGGUCUUCCACAAAGAUAAUCAAGCCCUUCGAGCAGAGAACCAAGCCCUUUCUGAGGACAACAAGAUCCUCCAAGAGAGGAAAAUGGAUUACUUUGAAGAGAAAAAGGUUCUUGAGAAGCAGGAAAAGGCCCUCCGAAAACAGAACAAAGCCCUUUGGGAAGAAAUCAAGGCUCUCCAAGAACAGGAAAUAGCCUUCCAAAUGGAGGAAAAAGCACUUCAGGAAGAGACUGUGGCCCUAUGGGAAGAGAACAAGGCCUUCCAAGUGCAGAUUAAAGCUCUCCAGAAAGAUGAGAUAGCCCUUCAGGAAGAGAAAAAGGCCCUUCAGAAACAGGGGAAAGCCCUCCAGGAGGAAAAAAUUGCCCUUCGUGAGGAGAACAGGGCCCUCCAUGAAGAGAACAAGGCCCUUCAAAAUGAGAAGAAAGCCCUUGAUGAGGAGAACAAAGCCCUCCUAGAAUGGAACAAGAUCCUUCAUGGAGAGGAAUAA